GGUAGUUCAUGUAAGGAUCUGCCUUGAUUUACUUUGAUUGACAAGACUCCCUCUAUAUAUACAUAUGAAACAAGUAGAUGUGCAGAGAUCAGCAAAGGAGCAAGAGAGAAAAUAGCUUGUAGAAAAGGUAACGAGUGGCCUCUGUAAACAAUGGUUCAAAAAGGUGUUGUCCUGGUUUCACUUCUGGUCUUAAACAGCUACCUGAGCACCUUGGCCAUCUCCAACUUCAGCUUGAGAACAUUCAUUGGCUGUGCCGUUAGGGAAUUCACCUUCUUGGCAAAGAAACCUGGCUGUAAGGGUUUACGUGUUACAACAGAUGCCUGUUGGGGGCGCUGUGAAACUUGGGAGAAACCCAUCCUAGACCCACCCUACAUAGAUGCUUAUCACAGAGUCUGCACCUACAACGAAACAAAGCUGGUUACUGUGAAAUUACCAAACUGCCUGCCCAGCGUGGACCCAUUCUUCACUUACCCUGUGGCCAUCAGAUGUGACUGUGGGGUUUGCUCUACUUCAACUACAGAGUGUGAGACGCUUUAAAAAAAAAAAAUCUAGCUGGCUUGCUCUGUUUUUACCUACGGUAUAUAAUGGCAUUAUUUGGGCCAAAUAAAAUAAAUAAAAAUCACACAUAGUACGCCAAUAGCAUUAAUACAGCAGUUUUUCAUUUUCUGGACCAUGCAAUCACUAGCUUAACUCACAGGAAUAUUAGAUUUAUACCUUGUAAGAAUAUUUUGUGAAUCAGACAUUAAUAAGAAAAUAAUUUCAUGCACUAAUAAAUCUGUUGAAACUUUGCCUUUAAUUUCA